AUGAGGUUCACACUGAACGAGGUGGUAACCGAUAAGAACACAUCUUGGAGCAUGAUGAUGAUGGGGAAUCAGAGUCAGCCACUCGUGGGAUGGAAUGCUAAGAAUGAAUACGAUGAAGUUCCAUUCCCUCUCCCAUAUCCAUUACCUUCAUCUGACUUCAGCGGAAAUGGCAAUGGAUAUUUUGGACUGGAUUGGGCUGAUGAGUUUGCCGCACCUUGGACGGAACCGGAUGCUUUGUAUGAAACCCUGGCCAUUGAGCCAACACCGAGCGUGCAAGACUAUGACUUUUACGACAUUAAAAAGGGACUAGCAAUAUGGAAUGAGAUUGACCAUGGGUUUGAUUCAAAUAAGCCUGUUUAUGUGGCCUGCAAUAAUGAAGAAAGGGGGAAGGAAGUGAAGGAGGAAAGGGAGGUGAAACGAUCAGGCCGAGAAGAGAGAAGUGGCAGCACCAAAUUGUUGUCAAGGAAGACUAUUUCUCAGUACUUCUAUAUGCCCAUCACACAGGCGGCAAGGGAGCUUAAUGUGGGCCUCACACUUUUGAAAAAAAGAUGCAGGGAAUUGGGAAUUAGAAGAUGGCCGCAUAGGAAACUGAUGAGCCUUCAAACCUUGAUAAACAAUGUAAAGGAGCUAGGGCAAGAGGGGGGCCAGGAAAGUGAAGAGAAACUGAGGAAUGCGCUUGAGAUAUUGGCGAAGGAAAAGAAGCUGAUGGAGGAGAUGCCAGAUUUGCAGCUUGAGGAUAACACAAAGAGACUCAGACAAGCUUGCUUCAAAGCCAACUACAAGAAAAGGAAGAUCAUGGGAUCCUCAAUGGAAUCAGAGUCUUCAGCGAGUGAAUAUAAUUAUGACGAUCAACUACAUGACAUCAAGCAUCUGUUGCCAUCCAUCCCUUCCCAUUUUACAUCAUAA